CAUUUUAAUCUUUGACGCUCCCCUAAACUCGUAAACGAAGCUCAAUGCCGUCAACACGAUAAUGCAUUCAAAAUAAACAAAGAGAAAGCAGAGAAAAAAAUAUUUUCACUGCAGUCGUUAUCCAAACAUCGUUGUAGCCACGUCGCUAAAGAACCAGAGUUUAUCUCGUAGUCAGCGAAAAUGAUCACUGUGACAUGUAUUGCACCCGUUAACAUAGCAGUUAUUAAAUAUUGGGGAAAGCGUGACGAGGAUUUGAUUUUACCACUGAAUGACUCGGUUAGUGCUACGUUAUCCACGGACCAUCUGUGUACCAAAACAACAAUUAGCACGUGUGCGAGCUUCACAGAGAACAGAAUAGUUCUUAACGGAAAGACAGAAUCGUUCGAAAAUCCUCGUUUGUUACGAUGCCUUCAAGAAAUCAAGAAACGGGUCGCAUCUUCGGAAAGCGGCAAGAAGGAUAUUUUAAACUGGAAAGUUCAUGUACAGACGGAAAAUAAUUUUCCCACUGCCGCUGGGCUUGCCUCAAGUGCCUCAGGUUACGCUUGUUUAGUGUACACAUUAGCUCAUUUAUAUGGUAUCGAAAAGGACGAAAUAUCAUCUAUCGCUCGCCAGGGCAGUGGAUCGGCGUGUCGGAGUUUGUACGGUGGAUUCGUCCAGUGGCGCAAAGGAGACCUGCUGGAUGGCAGCGAUUCCAUUGCCGUUCAGUUGACGGCCCAUGAUAUUUGGCCAGAGAUGCGAAUCGUUAUCUUGGUGGUGAAUGACACCCGCAAGAAGACCAGCUCGACGAGUGGAAUGUCUACCAGCGUGAAAACUUCCAAACUGCUCAAAUAUCGGACAGAAUCCUGUGUUCCAAAACAUACAAGAGUAUUGGUGACGGCACUCAACAACAAAGACUUUCAAACGUUCGGACGAAUUACGAUGCAAGAUAGUAACCAAUUCCAUGCCGUUUGCUUGGACACUUACCCACCGUGCGUUUACAUGAAUGAUGUUUCACAUGAAAUUGUUAAUAUGGUGCAUCAGUUUAACGAUCUGAAGAACGAGAUUCGGGUGGCUUACACAUUCGAUGCUGGUCCGAAUGCCUGUCUCUAUCUGUUGGAAAAGGAUGUUCCGGAACUGCUGGCGGUGGUAAAUCGAGUCUUUCCUAACGACAAACUGGGAAGUCCAGAGUAUAUUAAAGGAAUAUCAGUUGACGUGAACGAUCUGCCUGAAGCUAGUGAAUCGUUCAGUCCAAACCAAAAUAACCUCAUUAAAUAUAUAAUCAACACAAAGGUGGGCGAAGGUCCCAAACGUGUAAUUUGAUAUUAUAAACUCAAGAUACGGCAAUGCAAAAGUUAAGCUUAGGUGAUGGAUGUUUGAUCAAAGGAUUUCUUUCGUACUAUAAUAUAUUUAAUAAAAAGAAAAAAGUUUACAUUCCUUGGA